AUGGCUGCAGAACUGCGUCGCAAAUUUCGCAACAGAGCGAAAAGACUGGAAAUUAGUAAUUUAAGAAAUAUGGUAUUCAAUGAUUCAAGUAUGUUAUCAGAUGUAGAGAAGCGAGACAAGAGGUAUUUGACUGCUCUACAUAAAGCUGCGAAACUUGGUCUGGAUGAUUGUGUGGAGGAACUUUUGAAGAAAGGAGCAAAUCCUAAUAGACAGUCAUCUCUUGGUACAGCUAUGCAUUUGGCAGCAGCCAAAGGACACGUAAAAUGUCUCGAAUUACUCACAACAUACGGUGGGUUUUUACAGAUGCGAGAUAAGAAAGGAGAAACAGCUUUACAGUUGGCUGAAAAAUUGAACCAAGAAGAUGUUAUUCAAUAUAUUGCUCAUCAUCCUGCACAAAAUUCCAUGCAGAUAAAGAAUUCACCUAGUACAGAUAAUAUUGAGAUCUUUGCUGAUAUUUAUCAUGGUCGUGAAAAUUUGAAGAAAGCAGUUAGUGAAAACAUGAAGCUUUUGAUAGAUCGACCAAGGGAAGAGGAAUGUAGCGAUACUGAUUUGAAUGAUUCAUCAACGGUAAUUACCGUACCAAUACCAGAAAUCUUUCCGGACGACCUAGAAAUUCACGAGAACUAUAAAUAUGCUGUCGGUCCUAAGACUCUGAGUAUUAUGGGCAAACUCAAUGGAAGGAUAGUCACAGUGAAAACUUAUCAUGAGAGACUCCCUGACAAAGAAAUUUUGCAACUAUUCUACAACGAGUUGGAAACUAUAAGGUGUCUUUUCCAUCCUAAUAUAGCUUUAUUGCUUGCUAUAUGUGUUGCACCCAGGGCAAUAGAACAAAAUCUUUUAUUUGAACCUGUGGAGUACCAUUUUCUUCACCGGAUUCUGUUGGAAGAAAAAAUAAAACUUCAGGAAGAUGCAAUACUAAAAAUUGCUCAUGAUGUGGCGAAUGCUAUGCAAUAUGUUCACAAUAUGGGUUUUCUUCAUUGUUAUCUUGGAUGUCAGAGUGUUAUCGUAACUCGUGAUUACACUGCCAAGAUUUGUAAUUUCGAAUAUUCUUUACGAGAAGAUAAGGGCCCCGUCCCUCUGAGCCACUGUACUCUUUUGCAUAACUGGAUGGCUCCAGAACAAAUUCUCGGCUUUCCAAUGGACAAAACUGGUGAUGUGUUUAGUUUUGGUGUGUUAUUGUGGGAAUGCCUUAUGUUGAAACGAUCUCGACAGCUUUUCAGUUUGAAGCAACUUUCUGUCAUUGGAAAGAGUGUGCACUACAAACUCCUAGACACUUUGGAGGGUAUGAAAAAUGUCAAAGUGGCCAUAAGUGAUUGCACGAAAAUUUCAAGUAUGAGACCCUCUUUUUAUCAGAUUUUUGCGUGGCUUGAUGGUUUGCUUCACUAUCGUUUGGUGAAUGUUGCACCAGUGACAAUGGAUGCAGAACUUCAAGCUCCACCUUUGUUUAAUUUGACAAGAAACAACAAGCCACAAAACUAACCACGGAGCGAAUGCUCAAAUUUUGAUUAAGGAGGUUUUUUUGAUUUUCAAACGUUACUCGUCCUGUUUUUUAUCAAUAGAAGUUUACGUAAUAAAGAAUAAUUCAAAAGACAAAA